AUGCACGAAAACGCAUCAACAAAAGUGGCUGUUACUACUUCUGUGACACCUGUACAUGGUCGCCCGGAAUUUAGCAAACACAGAAAUAGCAACCACCAAAGGAACCUUAGCCUUGACUUUCGGUCAAUGGGUAUUGUAUUACCAACAAUAAAUCAUCCUUCACACCACCGAAACCGUAGUUUGGAUUCUGUACUUACUAAAAUACCAGAGGUAGAUGUGAUACCAAGUCCUGAGUGUCCUGAACCAAUAUGUGCACCAAUAUCUGACCCAAACAUCCAUUCGGAUGAUUCGGGUAUUGGGAGCUCAGAGAUGGCGAGCAGCUGUAGCCGAGAGAGCCUUAGCUGUUCAGAACCCAGCCCUUCAAAACAGGGAAGUUACGAUGCUCAGACAUUCGACAAAGUUUCUAAAAGUUUUCUGCUCAGACUGAUAGAGUCCAAGCUGUUUGAUAUGCCAAUGGCCAUUAUGUACCUUUUCAAUUCAAAAGAGCCUGGUGUCCAACGGUAUAUAGGUGAUAAAUUGUUUAGUUUUGAUGAUAAUUCAGUAGAUUUUUUCUUGCCACAACUAAUUAGUAUGUACAUACAAAUGGAUGACAUAGCUGAGGCUAUAGAUCCAUAUUUGGUACAUAGGUGCCGUAAAUCUUGUGAUUUUUCUAUUAAAUGUGCAUGGUUAUUAAAUGCCUUCCAUGAUUUAAAUGCUGAAUCAAAAUCUCGUGGUGGUCAAUUAAUCAGUACAAUUCUCAACGAGCAUUAUAAACAAGGACCAAGUGAACCAACCUCUGUAGACUCAUUCAACUUAUUAACAAAAAAGACUCAUUGUCGGUCUAGAUCUGACAGCUCGAUGGUCAAUUUAAAUGGAAUUCAAAUAGUACGUGAACGAAACUUUUUAGGGGAUUUAAGUUCUGGUAUGGCAUUUGAUAAUAGAUGCAGUUGCACUGAACAAAUAGCUGAGUGUCGAUGUGGCGCUCCAAGAAUGUGUUCUGAAGUAGAAUUUAUCAAAUGCUUGACAACACUCGGACGAGAUUUGGCUAAACAAUCAACUAGAGAAGCAAGAACUACUUAUCUCUAUAGCCAAUUAAGUUUAAUUAAUAAGAAUUUACCUGCUAAAGUUUGGAUACCAUUGUACAACUGUAAUCAUCAUAUUUUAUCAAUUCCACCACGUGUAGCAGCUGUUUUAAAUUCUAAAGACAAGGCUCCAUUCAUUAUUUAUGUGGAAGUAGCAGAAGUAGAAGAUGCCGAACGGUCUCCCUUGACUACCCGGGUAUCAAAUCUUCGUCAAACCCGUAGUGAAGAAAAUCUCACUCGAUGCGAGUCCCAAGAUCCUAAACCGGAAAUAAACAAUCAAAACAUGUUUAUUGUAGCCGGUGACAUAAGACGUCGCCUCACCGUUUCCACAGAUAUUAAAAGUUCUUCGCCCACAGAUCCCGAAGACCCUUCUGCUGCUGCACUCAAAGAACUUUGGUCAGAAAAAGAAAAACGUGUCAGGGAAAAAUCUCCAUACGGUGGUCUAGCCAACUGGAAACUAUUGCCCGUUAUUGUGAAAACAGGUGAUGAUUUGAGACAAGAACUUCUCGCCUCUCAAUUAUUACUAACAUUGCAUAGCAUAUGGAUGUCAGAAUUAGUACCAUUAAAAGUUUUUCCAUAUAAAAUACUAUGCUUGUCAAAUGAUGCCGGUUUAAUAGAACCAGUAUUAAAUACUAUCUCUUUGCACCAGAUCAAAAAACAAAAUAAAAAUUCACUAUCAAUGUAUUUUGAAGAAGAAUUUAAAGAAAAUACUUUGGUAGAAGCACGACAAAACUUUAUAGAAAGCUGUGCUGCGUAUUCUCUUGUUUGUUAUUUGAUCCAAGUAAAAGACAGACACAAUGGAAACAUACUUCUUGAUAAUCAGGGUAAUCUUAUACAUAUUGAUUUUGGAUUCAUACUGUCAGCAUCCCCUAAAAAUCUAGGAUUUGAAAGUUCACCCUUUAAAUUAACUUCGGAAAUGGUUGAUGUUAUGGGUGGACUUGACUCAGAUGGUUUCAAAUACUUCAAAUUACUAAUACUACGUGGUUUGAUUGCUUCACGUAAACACAUGGACAGAGUGUUGUCUGUCGUCCAAAUCAUGCAGUCUGCUAAUUCACAGUUACCUUGUUUUAGAGCUGGAGCAACAGCUGUAAUUGGAUCUUUGAAAUGUCGUUUCCAUUUAAACCUUACAGAAUCUCAACUAAUAUCGCUUGUUGAUAACAUGGUUGAGUCGUCGUUGCAUUCAAUCACGACCAAAUUGUAUGAUGGCUUUCAAUACUACACGAAUGGCAUACUGUGAUUGUUACACUAUACGUUACUUGGAAUACACAAAACAAUAUGUACAAAGUCUCCUACAUAGUAUUUACAUAAUUGGCAAAUGCUACUUCCAAGUACGAUUUUUUUAUUGAAUGAAAAUGAUAAUUAAUUUUUUGCUCACUAAACCUGGUCAAUGAAAUACUGUCAAUGUUACCUAAUACUAAUGUUAAAAAAAUCCUUUAUUCUUUAUCCUAAGAAAAAAUAUCAAAUAUAUUGUAAAUAAACAAAUCCCUUUGUACAUACAUACACCCAAAAACACACAUACGCUGUAUUUGUACUAUAUCAUUAUGUUAUAACAAAUUGUAAUUAAUUUGUAAAUUAUUU